GCUGAGUCGGUCCAGGUUUUGUUUGGACCGACGGAUCAAGUCCUGGCCUUAAAUCUGGUGGUGAGAUAAAAAUCCGUUCUUGGUCCCGUGCCCGAUUGGAGUCUCUGCUCUGCUCUGGAGUUCAUCAAUGGCGGAUACAUACCCAUACCGAGCAGGGGAGGGGAAGCAGAUCGGGACCGGGAUGCUGGAUCGGGCCAAGAGGUCGCCGCCGCCGGCAGCCGCCGAGAGGAGCGCCAAGAAGCCCUGCUGCCACCGCGACCCAAGCGGCGGCGGCGUGCCGGAGAUCUCCUCCCUCCUCUCCUCGCUCUCCGUCGCCAAGCGCCACUCCCCGGCCGCCCACGACCACGCCCCCCUCAACAAGCGGCCCCGUUACGACCACCACCAUGACCUCGACGCCCGGAUGCGAGGACUGGAGAUCAGCUGCGAGACGACGGACAUGGAGCAGGAGCAGGGGCCGGACUGGGCGGGCUUCCUGCCGGAGCUGCUGGCCCUCGUCUGCGGCCGGCUCCCUCUCGCCGACGUGCCCCGGUUCGGCGCCGUCUGCAGGCACUGGCGGUCGUGCGCGUUCCCGGUGUACCCGGCUGACGCCGCGCCCGUGCUGCUCAGCGCCACGCUCACCGCCGCCGGCGCCGUCCGCUGCUACAGCCCCCACCUGCACAAGACGUUCGUCCUCGCCGCGCCUCCCCUGCCCGAGGGCGGCAGGGUCUUCUCGGCGGGCGCCGGCGGGUGGGUCAUGGUCAAGACGCCGGGCAGGACCGUCGUGUUCGCCAACCUCCUGGACGGGUCCGUGCACGAGACGCCCGAGCGGGAGGGCGACGAUCGGGGGUUCAUGAGCUGCGCGCCGCGCCGCCACGACGGCGUUGACAAUGGCCGCAACAACAACACCGGCAACCCUCCCAACGACUGCUGCUUCGACGUGUUCGCCGUCUUCUCCGGUAUGGUUACCGUCAGGGUCGAGAGCUGGGGAGGCGGCGGCGGCGGCUGGAAGAGCGUGGAGGAGCAGAGCGAGUUCAGAAUGUCCUGCUGCUGCAGCCCGGUGAUGCACAAGGGGAUGCUCUACUGCCUUGGACAGGAGGGCGCUCUAGGGGUCUACGAUCCCGGCGAGGCGACGUGGAGCGUGCUCCCCAAGCCCGCCGGCUUCGGCCCGGAGCUCGCCUACAAGAAUUGCCACCUCGUCGGCUCGCGCUCGGAGCUGCUCGCCGUCCUGACGGGCAGCAACGGAGCUCGGCCCAUCUACGUGCUGAGGCUCGACGAGGCCAAGAUGGCAUGGAAGAGGGUCAAGUCAUUGGACGGCCAGUCCCUUUUCACCGGAACAACAUCGUCGGUGGCGGUGGCAAAGCCGGUCGUCGAAUCCAUGGCGGACAAGGUGUACCUUCCCAGGCUCUAUGGCCGGCCGCAGGUGAUCCAGGCGGAGCUCGCCGCCUCCGACGGCCGCCUCUUCUUCGUCGCCAAGGCGGCAGAGCAGGAGCAACAGGGACCGGUUAUGGCGUUGGGCGGUGGGGAUCACGGCGGCCCCUGGUGCUACGACAUGGAGUCGGACUCCGGCGGGCAAUUCCUGGGCUCCAAGGCCCUGCUGCAGUCCUUUUGGGUUCAUCUCGGCCACGCCGCGCCGCCCUCGCCCUCGCCCUCGCCGGAUGAGGAUGAGGAUGAGGAUGAGGAUGAGGAUGAUGAUGGAAUGGUUAUAGACUGACCGGCAUCAAUCCAUGAAACUGAUCUUGCCAUGUACAGUAGAAUACACUUGUAAUAAGAUUGUAUUAUGCUUAUCCUUCAAAUCAAAAGGAAAAAGAUCGUAGUAUCAUACUUACAUGUAUGAUAGUAUUCUUCUAAGAACUAA